AUGAAAGACAUGGACACAAGUCACGAGAAGGCACAAAAUCGCCCGAAAGCGCACAUUGGGAUUGUCGGCGCUGGUCUCUCUGGUCUCCGUUGCGCCGAUAUCCUUCUUCAGAAUGGAUUUAAUGUCACUAUUCUAGAAGGAAGGGACCGUGUGGGCGGUCGAGUACAUCAGCACAGAUUGCCAAAUGGCAAGUUGGUUGACGAAGGCCCAAACUGGAUUCACGGCACAAACGACAACCCAAUCCUAGACAUUGCGAAGAAGACAAACACUGCCGUUGGCAGUUGGGACACAAGGUCAUUUGUCUUCAACGAGUCUGGCGAGCUCUUUUCGUCUGCGGAUGGCGAACACUAUUCUACUAUCAUGUGGGACAUUGUGAAGGACGCGUUCGAAUACUCUGGCGAACACUCCGCCUCCAUUGACCCCCAGGAGAGCUUAUUAGAUUUCUUCAAGAGAAGGAUAGUGGAGCGUAUUCCGGAAUCGAUAGAGAACUGGAAGAGGCAACGAGAGAUUGUGAUGCAGAUGGCUGAUCUCUGGGGCGCUUUUGUCGGGAGUCCUAUUGAGCGGCAGAGCCUGAAGUUCUUUUGGCUGGAAGAAUGCAUUGAGGGAGAAAACUUAUUCUGUGCUGGCACGUAUGAGAAGAUCCUAGACGAUAUCGCAAAGCCUGCUAUCGAUGGCGCAUCGAUUGAGUUUGAAAAGACGGUAGCUUUCAUUAACACUAAAGGCACGGCAGAUGAGAAAAUUGCUGUAAUCACGGCGACCGGCGAGCAUUUCACAUUCGAUGAAGUUGUAGUGACUGUCCCUUUAGGCUGGCUUCAACAGAACCUGAGAGCCUUUGAGCCUCCCUUGCCCACCCGUCUCGUCAGGGCAAUCGGGAGUAUAGGCUACGGAUGCUUGGAGAAGGUUUAUAUCAGUUUCCCGAAAGCCUUCUGGCUUGAUUCUGACGAGAACGGCCGAAUCAUUCAGGGGUUUUGCCAGUGGCUAUCCCCCAAUUAUGACCUGGAAUCAAAUCCGAAGAGGUGGACUCAUGAAGUGGUUGAAUUGGGAUCACUAGCACCUUCAGCAGCCCAUCCGACCCUCUUAUUCUACAUAUAUGGUGAAGAGUCCCAAGUACUUACGGAUACUGUCUCAAAGCUGCCUAACAAGGAAGCAAAGGACAAAUAUCUGUAUGACUUCUUCAGACCCUACUAUUCACUCAUGCCGCACUUUGAGAAGGACUCGGCCGACUGUCAGCCCAGCGCCUGUUUCGCAACUGAUUGGCUUCAUGAUGACCUGGCGGGAAAUGGAAGCUAUGGAAAUUUUCAGGUUGGCCUACAGGAAGGUGACAAGGACAUAGAGGCCAUGCGAGAGGGUGUGCCCGAGCGUGGUCUGUGGUUAGCUGGCGAACACACUGCUCCUUUUGUUGCCCUGGGUACUGCGACUGGCGCAUACUGGAGCGGCGAGAGUGUCGGAAGAAGAAUAGCAGAUGCUUAUGGACUGAAGCAUGGUGAAGCAGCGGUCACGGAUCGAUUAAUCACUUUUUGGCUGCUCAAGCGAAGACAGAUUGCCGGCUCUGAGCAGUGCGCGGUUGCAACGGCUCAUAUCCUCCUACAAGUCGUCGCGAAAGGAAAAUGGGCUGAUGUCGACCAGCUGAUAGAGCGCGUACAGCGUGUCGGACGCAAGUUGGUGGAAGCACGGCCGCAGGAACUAGUGAUUGGCAACAUUGUACGCAGAGUGCUGGGUCUGAUCCGAGACGAGGCCGAGGAGGACCGAAACGGAGAGGGCAACGAGUUUGGCAGCGAGUCUGUGUCAGACCUUUCGGCGCUACCACCGAGUGACCAGAACGUACCCACGCCGCCGCGGCUCAUUCGACAGCCGACACUAUCGACGAGUAACUCCUUUAUCGUGCCUCAGUCCAUGUUCAACCUGUUAUCAGCAGAUCCGCUGGCGGACUCGAGUGCGACUGGAUCACCAUUUGGCAGAGGGUCGGGGGCUUCAACACCGCUGAACACGGCGCAGGCUACGAGUGUCCACGCCUUGCGUUCGGAGGUCAUUGACGGCAUUGAAGAGAUCAAGGACGAAAUCAGCCAGGUGGACGAUCAGAUUGCCCAGUUCGCUGAGAUACAAAUACACCCCAGUGACUACGUGUUGGUGCACCAGCCUUCCCCAACAGUGGAGAGGUUUCUCAUCCGGGCGGCAUCCAAGCGGCAAUUUACAGUACUGAUCGCCAGUGGCGUGGUCUCAAAGGCGGAGGCGCCUCAUGCCGCUCUGCGCAAGAAGCUUGCAGCGGCUGGCGUCAAGACUAUCAACAUUAUGAGCAGUGGCAUCAUGGCAUAUAUGCCCAAAGUAAACAAGGUCAUCCUUGGCGCAAGGGCUAUUGUUGCGAAUGGAGGAGUGGUAGGCGAGGGAGGCGCCGCGCUUAUUGCCCGUGCGGCUCAAGAGCUUGGCAAGUCUGUGGUUGUCCUGGGAGGUGUCUAUAAAGUAUGCCCCGAGGAGCCGUUUGACCUGGAUGGCCUGGUAGAGCUUGGCGAUCCAUCGGCAUUUGUCAGUUUUGCAGAUGGAGCCAUGGUCAAUGGGGUUGAGGUGGAGAGCGCCAUCAGCGAGUUCGUCCCUCCGGAGCUGGUAGACGUCUACAUCACGAACCUGUUAGUUUGA